CAAACCAGGUCCUCUGGAGUUCAGACCAGAGGGGAGGUUAGUUCGCUGUUUUUCACCUAGCUGAACAUCAACCUCGCAAGAAAAAACUUUAUGGUUUCUCCGCAUAUUCGCCUUUGAACGACGCGCGAAGAGUGGAGAGACGACUCGGACUCGGACUGAAGCUGGUGGAGAAAACCGCAAAAAUCUAGGCAUACCUAGGAGCUACGACGUUCACGAAAGGUCGCUCCUUAUGAUCGCCCUUAGCCCUGGGUCGCUCUGCGACGUCUGUGCUGAAGAGUACGGCCCGCAUAACUAUCCUCAUUCCAUUCCUUGCGGACACAUACUAUGUCUGAACUGCUGCAACAAUAUCAUCGAAAAAAGCUCUACACGACGCGCCCCGUGUUGUCCCUUCUGUCGAGAAACCUUCACUAGUGAUUCCGUCCGCAUCAUGCGUGUUGACUACACUCCUACUAGCAGCGGUUGGUCCACUCCUCGUGGUGGUGCCAACGGUAUACAUGAAGUGAUCGUCGAGUCCGACAGUGAAGACACCCUUUCAGCAGGCCUGAAGGCUAGGGAGCAAGCAAAACGGCUGGAGUACAAAGUCGCACGAGUGGCUGGGAAGAAGUGCUCGGUGGAGGAGGUCUCAUCGCUUCACAAGGAGCUGCAGGACUGGCUGUCAUCUUCGGCAAAGGUGAAGCCCCGCGAACAGACUUCAUCUCUCGAGCUCAGUGCUGCGCUCCUUCGAGCCAUCCUCAUGAAUCAUUAUGCACACUCCGAAGCCACGAAGGUUACUAAGCAGACCGAAGCUCAGUUGACUCGUCAACUCGAAGAGGUGGAGAGAAUGAAAGCCAAGAUAGAGGCUGAACUUCGAAGACUGCGCGCCGAAUACUCUCAGCUGGCUCAAGAGCAUCAAUCGGCUCGCGCUGAACUAAGCAAGUUCAAGGUCAAGUUGAACGCAUCGUCGCUCAAUGUGCCUGCAACCCCUCCGCCCAAGUCUUAUGCUUCCCUGCAAAAUGGUGGACUUCUUUCACCUGCUCGUUCCAAAACGGCUGCUCCCACGUCUCCCACGUCUUCGACUUCUGAUCCGCGGUCCCGGGCAACCUCGCCGACAUCUCCUACUCCGUAUAGCCACGCUCCUGCCGUACAUUCUCCGCUUACCUCACGGAUCGCUUCCACUCCGCUACACACGAGGUCGGUAUCUGUGCAGCCGACCAACAUUCCACAUCGCUCGUUCACGCCAGCAGUCCGCUCGGGGACCCCGGCAGUUCGCUCAGGGACUCCGGCAACACCCGCACGCCCCGAGCUUCGCUCUCCCACGCGGAGGCUGUCUGUCUCGACGCCGUCCCCGAUGAAGAUGGUGCGGUCGACAUCGAGCGGAUCGAGUGCGGAUGAGAUCAAAUUCAAAAGGACAUGCUGCAGAAGGAGCGCGAUGCAAAGCGCGUGCAGCUUAUCCAGAGGUGGUUGCCGAACUUCGAGUCUGCGAGCCCUCCGUCUGGCGGUUUUCGUAUGCCGCCACCUACGCCGCCGCCUACAUCUCAGACUCGCUCUCGGACGAUCUCGAUUUCCCAAGCGUCUGCCGCUCUGCGCGCACCGCUUCGGUACAAAACCCCGGUCUCCGCGAACCCAUCGUAAAUGGGCCGUUCGGAAUUGCUAGGGACUCCCUUGCGCUAUCUGAUUCACACUAUUUCUCUGCUUUCGGAUUCCGUUGACGUGCAUCGUGGUUAGGUUAUCUCACCGACAUUGCCGUCGCCGCAUAAUACCCUGUAGAUAGUAUCGCCUUCAUAUCUGUGGCAUCUUGUCCCGUUAUCUCUGUUUCCGCCUUCCAAUUGCUGCUCUUCACAUAUCCUGAGCAGCUCCGACUCUCCUUUCUCUCUGUGCUCUUGAUACCCCGUGUAGCACAAUUUUUAUUGUUUAUGUUGCUUUGUCUCGUUUUCGGCUCGCUUUUGCAUACUAGCUUUGUGGACUCUCCCCCUCACGGUCCUUACGGAUAGAUUACGAACUAGAUACACUAGGUACAUGGUUCGGAUGCUUACGAUUUGCCACGCAAUGCAUACGAUUGU